AUGAAGACUGCGUUCUGGGUACUGCCCCUGGUGUUGACGAUCUAUGGUGUUUUGGACAAGCUGUUCGACACCUGGUUACCAUCGAACUUCAUCUUCGACCCAGUCACUCUGAACGAGAUCUCCAACGAAGUGUUGGCAAGACACCCGGAUAACAACACCACUGAGAUCAUGCAAGAUCUCGCGCAGGAGCUGAAGGCCAAAUAUGGAGACAACAUCAACGCGUUGAACUCUGAUGACUGGGUCUUCAACAACGCCGGUGGUGCCAUGGGAAACAUGUUUAUCCUUCAUGCCUCCAUUUCCGAGUAUCUGAUCUUCUUUGGUACCGCUACCGGUACAGAGGGCCAUACUGGUGUUCAUUUCGCAGACGACUACUUCACAAUCCUUGUUGGUGAACAAAGAGCCGGCUUGCCCAACGCUGUGUUCCCAGAGAUCUACAAGCCUGGUGAGACCCACCAUUUGCAAAAGGGAUUCCAAAAGCAAUACAUGAUGCCAUCAGGAGCAUAUGCGUUGGAAUUGGCCCAAGGCUGGAUUCCUGCGAUGCUACCGUUUGGUUUUGCCGAUGCGUUCUUCUCAACAUUGGAUGUCUACACCUUGUACAGAACCGUUUACCUCACUGCAAAGGCCAUGAUCGAAUCAAUCCUCAGAGAAUUGUACCCUAUUCAUAUAUCACGGGCUAGACGCUUUCGUCCUACUGAAAGUUCAUUUACAUGUCUAUACAACGUUGAUAUGGCUACUCCUCGUAAUACCAGUCCUCAGUUUACUUCACCACUCGUCACAACGGCGACCCCGUUGAGGACUCCUCUAAAUCUACAGCAUCAACAGCAACAGCAGACAGAAGAGGAGAAGAUAUGGCUCAACACGGAGAGAGCACUUGAAGAGCUGAAAGGAACAGAGCUGAUUCCACUGGUGAUGGACAUAGUAGAGGCCGCCAACAGCGAUGCUCUACGGCCACAGGAUGUUGAAAAUGCGGCUGGUCCAAUCAAAGUACGCAUCUCGAGGGCAAAGGAUAUCCUACGAACCAUGCACGGGCUGGCAGAGACCCCUGAAGAGAGAGAGCAGAGGGUGCUGAGACUCAAGAAGAACAUCGAAUCAAAGAGUAACAUCCUACAACGGUUUAAAGACACCGUGAGCCAGAGGCUGCCUCUCUCCAAGGAAGAAGGACCACAGCAGAUGAAAACGGAAAUCCCCUUCGACAUCGUACCACCACACGACGCCAAAGCGACAUACGAAGACGUUGAAAUGAAGGAUUCAUGAGCCCAACAGGCCUUCGGAACCAAGGACUACAAUGCCCAAUUACACCAACAGUAUGAUAACAGCUUAUAGUGCCCAAUAGUAGCAAA